CGUGAGCACACUCCAAUUGGCAACAUCUCCACUACAGCGCCGGCGCGUCAUCCUCAGUUCACAUCGACGGAACGAGUUGUAAGCAAAUGAGAACGUGUGGGAUCUGAGAGAGUGAAAAAGGGCAAAGGGGAUAGAGAGGAGCAGGAGGAGAUAAAAGCCAAUUUUAUCGCUCUGACAAGUGGAUACCAGAUUUGAUUGCUGGACUAUUUUUUCUCUAUAUUUUCCAGACUGGGAAUUUAUCGAUUCGUCACAUGCGCACGCCUCUUCAUUAUAAUUGCAGACAGUUGGGUGCUGUUCAGGCUGAAUGGACUUGAAUGUGCCACUGCCAGCUUAAUCCGUGCAGACUGGAAGAUUUAAUAAUUCACGGUAAUCACGCAUUAUCGCCUCAGUGGAUACUCUCUACACACCCCUGGUGAUCUUUCCCUUUCCCCCAUUGUAUUCUGGAGGAUUUAUCGACGUAUGCUUUGCAAAUAUGCUCCUUAUCUGAAAUAUCAUCUGUUGCUGCAAGUGGACUGAAAAGCCCCCAUGACUGGCUCUGACACACGUUUGAGACUGACUGUCUUGAGGUGAUGAGGACAGUUAAAUAAGAAGCAUCUUAACAACAAUUUGAUAUUUUGUUCCUGGUAAAAUGGACGAAAAAUUAUUAUUACUUUUAUUACUUCUGUUAUCUCUACACGUGAGGCUGUGAUUUUGCGUCUAUUCAUCAUGGUCGUUCUACUCUUUUGAAUAGCCUCUCGUUGAAUCAAACACUAAGCUUAAUAGACGCAUUACAAAGCGAAUUUCAAAGUGAAGUGAUACUGAGGACAGUAGGAUACGGGAAUCGUGGAAGUAUUCCCCUCCCUUGCUCUCCAUUUGAUUUAUUCCAUUUUCCACUGAAGGGUAAAUGUUGAUGAUGGAAGACGACGAAUUAGACGCUCAUCAGGUUGAUUCGGAUUUCGAGCCGCAAAGCCGGCCUCGCUCAUGUACCUGGCCGCUGCCUUGUCCGGAGGACUUCCCCGGUGGACACGAGGUCAACAGGGGUCUUCCACUGGCCAAUAUCAAGGUAGAACCGGAGGAUAUCCCGGCUUGCAGAGCGGGGCUCGUGGGCGGAACACCGGGAGAGCUGAAGCAUCCAGCCGGCGCCCCAGCACCCACAGGCGCUACGCACCCUUGCCUGGCUGGCGCGGCUCUUGAUGUGACCGGACCGCUGCGCAAAGCCAAAUCCUCGCGGCGGAAUGCGUGGGGAAACCAAUCCUACGCGGAUCUCAUUACCCGCGCCAUUGAGAGCACCCCAGAAAAGAGACUCACGCUGUCACAGAUAUAUGACUGGAUGGUCCGCUAUGUGCCCUAUUUCAAGGAUAAGGGCGAUAGUAAUAGCUCAGCUGGCUGGAAGAACUCCAUUCGUCACAACCUAUCACUCCACACACGCUUUAUCCGGGUGCAGAAUGAAGGGACUGGGAAGAGUUCCUGGUGGAUGCUGAACCCAGAUGGGGGGAAGAUGGGCAAGGCCCCACGCAGGCGUGCAGUCUCCAUGGACAACAGCACCAAAUACCUAAAAAGCAAAGGCCGCAUAAGAGGCAAGAGGGUUGGCCGUCCUGGGAUAGGUGCAGGGUCUGCUGUGGUGGGGCUCCAGGGCUCCCCUGACCAUGGCAGCCCACCACGGAAAGGCCUUUCAGGAGCUGCAGGUGCAGCUGGGACAGAUGGAGAGUUUGACACUUGGACAGACCUCCAUUCCAGGGCUAGUUCAUCAGCCUCCACCCUUAGUGGACGUCUGUCACCCAUCCUUGCAGAGGGAGAACCCGAGGAACCAGAGGAGGGUGGCUUGUCCUGUUCAACCUCCCCCCACCUCUACCCCUCACCAACCAGUGCCCGCUCUCCACCCAUGGGUGCAGGGAAUCGCUGUCCUCCUCUGGAGCAGCUUCCUCAGCUGGCUAACCUGACAGGUGCCAUCAGUCUGGAUGAGCAGCUGAUGGAAGAUAGCUAUCAUCACCGUCACCCACAGCAGCAGCAACACCAGCAGCAUCCAGCUGUUGGCAGACAUAAGCACCAAACCCCUGUCUACCACUACAGCUCUGGAGCAAAGGGACAGAGCUAUGGUGCAAGUGUCUAUGGUGUGACAGGCAUGGGGAUGCUGCGCCACCACUCACCCAUGCAGACCAUUCAGGAGAACAAGCCAGCCAGUUUCUCUGGAACCAUGCGAGCAUACUCUAGCACCAAUGCCCUGCAGAGUCUGCUAACAGGGGGUCCAUCUGGGCAGCAGUACUGUUCUAAGGACAUGCUGUUGGGACAGGAGAGGGAAAGCCAUCCAAUGAUGGGUCAAGCUAGUAAUGGAGUAGGCUCCAGCCAUCACAGCCACCACCCUGGCCACCACAAUGGCCACAGCCACAGUGGACCUCAUAGCCACAGCUCAGCUCAUAGCCAUAACAGAACUCACAACCAUACUCCAAGUCAUAAUCACAACAAUGUAACUAACCCCAACCACAAUUCACCUCACAGCCUCACUCACAACAGUCAUAACCUCAGCCAGAGCCAUAAUCACACACCUCCCCAGGCUGCAGCCCUGACCCCAUGUGGCAACAGCAAUCAGCUGCAGACCUACAACCACAAAGUUCCCUACCUGUACAGCCCCCCAUCACACGCCCACCUCCCUGCCUCCACUACUCUUCCCCCAAACCCAGCAGGUAUGCUUGGCAUGCCACAGGACUCCUGCAAUGUGGCCACCGCCCCACACCCACAUCCCCGCCACAACCAUUAUCCUGAGCCACAACACCAAGGCAUGACUAAUGGACUUUACCAUCAUGGCCAGGGGAUGGGGAGUGGUGGCAUUGGUAGUGACUACCAUGGUUAUCACCAACCACACCCCCAUGAGAGACUACCAGCUGACCUGGACAUUGACAUGUUCCAUGGUAGCUUGGACUGCGAUGUGGAGUCCAUCCUCCUUCAUGACAUUAUGGACUCUGGGGAGGAGAUGGACUUUAACUUUGACUGCUCACUAGCCCAGGGAGUGGGAAUUGGCAUGGGUAUGGGCAUGGGUGUGACCAUGGGCAUGGGGAUGGGAAUGAGCAGUCUGGCUGGUCCACAGCAAGCCCAUAGCAACCAGAGCUGGGUGCCUGGCUGAAGUCUAGGACAGCAAAUCCUACCCUCAGAAAGAACUACCCAACCCAUGAAGCACUUCUUCUGUCACCCCUUUCUCUUUUGAAUCCCCCUCCCUUUGAGAGAUCUAGUUCAUUUCACAUUAGGUUUUGAUAUCAGCUAUACUGUGAUGACAAUCUCUCAGCUGUGCUUGCCCAACAUUGCUUCUCAUCUACCACGAGACUGAACUCUCAAUGCACUUUACUGCAAGUGGGUCACAUCAUCUCACAGUGCAAUACAUUCACAGAGCAGCUCAGGCAGAGUUUGGCAUAUUUUGUGAGGUGGGUACAGGAUUUGACAGGAACAAAUGAGGAAAUCACAAGCUGUUGAUAAAGUGUCAGAUCUUGGAUUGAAUUAAAGUUGGACUAUUUCUCUCUCUUUGUCGGUGGAGAAAUUUUUGGAGAAAAUAAAUAAGUAAAAACUCCUUUGUGUCUUUGCUAUUAGAUCCUUGCUUUUAAAAUUCCAUUUUAGCUCAAUUUCUUAGCAAAUUGAAAAUAAUAAUUAAUAAAAUAAGUUAAAGAUAACCCCUACUUGACACUGGUUUGAAUGUAUUUAUUCAAUAUAUCUAAGUGGAACUCUGAAACCAGUUUGUGCUUUUAAUGAUACAUCAGCAGUCCUGUCAUUUACAACUUUGUGCAUUUGGUCCUUGGCACUUUGAGUUUUUGCUUGGACAUAAUAUUUUUAUGAUGCCCUUUUGGCAUUGGUUAGAGAAUAUAGUCACUACAUCGUCAGUGGAUUUUGUCAUUACAGGCUAUCAUGCAUUCUGUUGAAUUAAAAUGUUGUAUCACCUUGUCUCACCUGCGCUUCUUGUGCCAGUUUCAACCUCUCUUUCUCUCUCCCUCCCUCUCUAAAUCUCUCCCUUCCUCUGCCUGCCAGUGGAGACAAAGUGACCAUUCCUCACCGCAAGCCAUUAAUGUGGCUUGAUUGAAAUUCAGCAUCUUGCUUUUAAUCUCCAAAGUGAUGCAGCAGUGAUAUGUCAUUAUUGAGAAUCUAACACGUUGUCCUCCCAUCUCUCACCCCAGCCGUCCGGGCUGCCACUCACCUCUCCGACUUAAUGUGCCUGGAAAGCGAGACAAAACUGUGAUUAACACUAAGUCACUCUGCCUGAUGUCCUGCUCUGAGAAGGGCCAGUGUCACUGUCCGCUUGCCUGCUCACAGAAGGUACAAAAAAACAGAAGAGAUGGAGAUUGGGGUAGAACAAAAGUCUGAUGUUGUAGUGGGAUCAAUCAUCAGCCUCAGUUUCUAUGCUCUUUGGGCAUGCGUCUUAAAACAGGUUGUGUAUUCGUGUUGUAAAUCAUCUCCAUUAUCUGUACUGUGUGUUUCCUUGUUCCCAUGUUUUUAGUGCUUAUAUCCUGAGCUUGAAAUACUCAAACGUGCGCAAAGGGAGAGAUUUAAGGAGAAAGCAAUCAGCCAGUCUGAGUGGCAUGGGUUUAUGUCAGACAGGGUUGUAGUGCCCCACAACCAUUCACAUCCACUUUUUGUGUGUUUAUUCUGUUGUCUUGUAGUUGUUGUUGUAUUGUUGAAAUUCUACGGACCAACAAGGACAGCGCUGAAAUAUCCAGAGUGUAAGGAUGAAAUUCAGUGGUGAAAUGAUGUUGGUAGUACAAUAUGACCUUCCUAUGCUCCAAUACCGUGCACUCCUCCCACAUGUGCUCUGCUCAGUUGUCUCUGUGUUUUUGAGUGGAGGAGCCUUGAAGCUUGUUUCUCACUGGCCUUGGGAGAGAAAAAAAGAGGACACCCCUAAUCCCUAGUUCCCCCAAGAAGACUCUCUGCACUUGGUCCAUACCAGGUAUGGCACACAAUGAAAAAGAGAGUGGGUAAAAGUGGGUUGGGGGCUAUUGUUACAGCCAAAGGUCAAGCAUAGCACAGACUAUCAGACCCAUUACUGAGGUAAAUACCUUUAUUCCAGAGCUGUUAGCCACACUGGUUCCAGUUAAUCUCCGUGUGGAAGAUGCAUGGAAUUUUCUAAGCAAAUGGGUUUUACAUAGCAGUUAUGUUGUAACCUAUGCUACAGACAUUUAGCAAUGGCCUGCUACUGGAAAGAGAGCUAUAUAUGAUGUCUAAUUUUCCUAUAUUUAUUUAUGAAAGACUGGUCUUUGUCAUUUGUAAAUGUGGUAGUUGUUUGAGUCAACACUGAUCCCCUUCCUCUUUUUUUUCUCAGAUUUUUUUUAAGAUGUCACUCUUCCUUUGCCCCUUAU